GUGGAGGAUCCAAACUUUGCUACUGGCUACAAGUGGACUUGGAUUGAUGCUGUCUACCUACCAUGACAUUCUCACUAGGAGAGGAUGGGAAGACCCCCAUGCUGUGAUGAGAGUGGCAUCAAGAAGGGUCCUUGGACCCCUGAAGAGGACCAGAAGCUCAUCCAAUACAUCCAGAAGAAUGGCCAUGGAAGCUGGAAAGCCCUUCCGAAACUUGCUGGGCUCAACAGAUGUGGUAAGAGUUGCAGGCUAAGAUGGACAAACUAUUUGAGGCCAGACAUAAAGAGAGGGAAGUUCUCACCAGAGGAAGAGCAAACCAUUCUUCAGCUCCACUCCAUCCUGGGAAACAAGUACACGGAACACAUUCAAACAUCUUGCACCACUGGCUCGUCUGAAGCUUCUUUUUAUUGUUCCUUCUACUUUUACAUUCUCAGGUGGUCAGCCAUUGCAACCCACCUCCCGGGUCGGACCGAUAACGAGAUCAAGAACUUCUGGAACAGCCACCUGAAGAAGAAGCUUAUCCGUAUCGGCGUCGACCCAAUGACGCAUCGCCCGAGGAUGGAUCUUCUGGCCACCUUGACUCAACUUCUGUGCCUUGCAGACCUCACAGGGAUCAUGGAACUCCGUGCAUGGGAUGAUCAUGCAGCCAGGUUUCUGCAGUCUCUUCUCCAGUCUCCAGCAACAAUUAAUAUGAGCAGCUUCAGUAGCAUCAUUCCUGAGAUGAAGCCCAUGAGUUCAAUGAACACGCAAGCCCCAGAUACUACUACUUCAGUUCCAUCUCCUGGCCUUUUUCCAGCAGCUAUAUCCAAUGCUGAAUUCUAUGGUGUGCCAGAGAUGUCAUUCGGGUUUCAUCAGCAGCCUCUUGGGAACUAUGUAAAAGAGGAUUCGACUUGCAACGAUGAACUAGAAGCAGCCAUGUCUACUCCAUCAGCUCUUCUCAGGGAUGCCGAUCGAUCAUUGGGCAAUGGAGACAAUUGCAGCAUUUCCAGUAAUAAUGCCGGAAGCGUGCUUCGUCCAUCUUUCUGGUCUGAGUUCUUUGACGACCCCCUUGUGCGCGGACCUAUAUGAUAUAUUAACCUCAUCAUCCUUGCGAGGUUUGUGCUUGGUGGAUUCGAGACUGUCGAUGAGGAAAGGCCACCCUUUCUUUUCUUUGUACAACGUUUGCCAAUGCACAUAUGUUGAUUGUUAUCCUCAUCUUUUGUUAAGACAAGCAAAUAAAAAUAUGAUUGAAGAAAGAACCUGUCAUCUACAUACAUGGAUCCGAGUCAAUGCCAUAGUUAAACUAUACGAUGGCAGAAAAGUCCAUGAGAGAGUUGAUUGCCUCUUCUUAAUCUAAAGUAAUAUAAAGAGCCACAUGUUUCAUCACCCAUCCUUUAACAGUAUAAUGCAGUCUUCUUAAUCCAAACUUAUCCCCCGUAUCAUGCAGUCUAAUGCACAAUAAACAGCUUCUUCUUCGUCGUCGUCGUCGUCGUCGUCGUAGGUGACAGGAGUCAGUAGGUCGUUGUCAGGGACUGAAGCAGCAAACCAAACUUCAUGGAGUCCAUUUCUCCAUGCAU